AUGUUUGGUGGGCAGGACCCUUUCAUGAACAUGUUCGGAAAUAUGCGUCGUCAGAUGGAUAUGAUGGAUCGUAUGAUGGACUCGAUGAUGACUGACCCCUUUGCCAUGAUGAACCACCGGCCCUUUGGGAUGCUGGAAGACCCCCGUCGGCAGCAGCACCACCAUCAGCACCGACAGAUGGUACAUCCUGCCGAUCCUUUUGCCGGUUUCGGCUUUGGAGGAAUCUUCGGUGCCAUGAACCAAAUCCAUGGUCAAGCAAUGGCCGACCCGAACUCGCACAUGUACAGCCACACCAGCGUGAUGUCGUUCGGCCCCGACGGACAGCCCCAUAUCGUCGAACACACGACCAAGAAGGCCGGUGAUGUCAAGGAAACCAGAAGGCGUGUACGCGAUGGACAACGUGACGAGAUGUCGAUUGGCCAUCACAUUGGUGACAGGACACACGUGAUUGAGAAAAAGCGCGAUAAGGAUGGAAAUGUGCGUUCUCAGCAACAAUUCGUCAACUUGGAUGAAGACGAAGCGAUGGAUUUCGACCGCGAGUUCCAGCAACAGAUCCGUCGCAAUUUCAAUUAUGGUCGCAAUGGUGCUUCAAACAGCAGCGCGAUUGAGAACGGUUCAAGCGCUCGGCCCUCGCAUUCCCGUGCUGACCGAGGCCCACGCGAAUCCCGUCAUGCACCCAUCAUCACACUCCCCGAGGAAGAAGAUGAUGACGUGAUUGAAAUUCCGAUUACCCGCCGUACUGGUGGACCGAUCAUCCGGGAAAUCAGUGAGGAAGAAGCCGAAUCCAGCAUCCCAAAGAGGCGCAAGAACAAUACUGGCCGGUUUGUACUUCUUCAUUAUGGGUCACCCUCUCUAGGUUUCAUCCCGGCAACAAUUAAAUUCUCUCGGCAACUCGUCAUCCCGCUGCGC